CAAACCCAGCCACUCAAAACCAGACACAUUUAUCAACCAUACCAACUUCAUUUCUUGAAACUUUCCGUUGUGUCUCUUAAAAAGAGGAUCGAGAAUUGAGAAAUUCAACUUAUAUAUUACAUUCAUAUAUAUAAUGUUGAUCUGUCUUUGAGCGUGUGGAGAAGAGGAGAAGAAACAAAAAUGGCGACACUUGGACAAAAGCACGAGGCGUCUCUAGUAUAUUCUCAAGGUUGCUGCCCAACCACUUUUUUCAGCAUACCAACAAUAUCUCAGUCUCAGAUCACAGUAAGCAAACCCAGAAGCAGUACUUCGGAGUGUCGACACAAUUUUGCGGCAACGACAGCUUCCUCAAUUUUUCCGAACACACAGUUCACUAAUCAUGAAUCUCUUCCGUCUCUCCAGGAAUCGUUCACUGAGUUUGUUAGAGUAUAUCCUCAAUACUCUGAGACUGAGCAAGUGGAUCUCGUCAGGGCUGAAGAAUACUACCAUCUUUCUGUUUCCAAAUAUACAUGCCUUGAUUAUAUUGGAAUUGGUCUCUUCUCUUAUUACCAAUUGCAACGCCAUGACACUUUGAAAACCCAGAUUGCUUCUUCUUCAAUCCCUCAGGUGCCUCAAUAUUCAGAGGCUCCCUUCUUUAGUAUAUCGUACAAGACAGGGAAUCUGAAGACUCUGUUGCUUCACGGGGGGCAAGAAUCAGAAUUUGAGACUACCAUGAGGAAGAAAAUCAUGGGUUUCUUGAAUAUUUCUGAUAAUGAUUACUUCAUGGUGUUCACUGCGAACAGAACAGCAGCUUUUAAAUUAGUGGCCGAGUCUUACCCUUUCCAGUCGAAUCGGAAGCUUCUGACAGUUUAUGACUACGAGAGUGAAGCUGUGGAGACUAUGAUUAGCUGUUCAGAGAGAAGAGGAGGCAGAGCUCUGUCGGCAGAGUUUUCAUGGCCACGUCUCAGGAUACAGUCGACAAAAUUGAGGAAGAUGAUUGAAGGUAAGACAAAGUGCAAGAAAAAGAGAGGGCUUUUUGUGUUUCCACUUCAUUCUAGAGUAACAGGAGCGAGAUAUCCUUAUCUGUGGAUGAGCGUAGCACAGGAAAAUGGCUGGCAUGUGUUGAUCGAUGCUUGUGCAUUGAGUCCAAAAGACACGGAUAGCUUUGGCCUCUGUGUGUUUCGCCCAGAUUUUCUCAUCUGUUCUUUCUAUAAAGUAUUUGGGGAAAACCCAUCUGGAUUUGGGUGUCUCUUUGUUAAAAAAUCUGCCAUUUCAGUUCUGCAAGCUUCUUCUUGUGGAGGAAUUGUCAAUCUUAUACCAGAAAGAAGACUAUUUCAGGUACCAGAGGAUUCUUCAGGUACUCAAGUAGACCAAAAAGCAACCUCUAUCUUACAACAAGAAUUAGAGUCUCUGACCUCUUUCUCUGGUCGUAUAGAAUCUAAGAAAGUUGAAGAAGGAGUGCUAUCUAAACUUCAGAUCACCGAACGAGAUGAAGUAAAAAAACGCAACACUGUUGAGAAUCCAGAAAGAAGGAAAGUCCCAGACGAUAAAAAUGGAAGCUUUGAUAUUGAAUGCAGGUGUUUAGAUCAGGUGGACUCUUUAGGGUUAACAGUAAUCAACAACAGAGGAAGGUACCUUGUAAAUUGGCUGGUGAACUCAUUGCUGAAGCUGAAGCAUCCAAACACGGAAGGGGUUCCUUUGGUAAAGAUUUAUGGUCCAAAGAUAAGAUUUGACAGAGGGCCUGCUUUGGCUUUCAAUGUGUUUGAUUGGAAAGGAUCAAAGGUUGAACCUGUUCUUGUACAGAAACUUGCUGACAGAAACAACAUUUCUCUGAGCUAUGGAUUCCUCCACCAUUUAUGCUUCGCAGAUAAGUAUGUGCAAGAGAAGGGAAGGGUUUUACAAACCAAAGAAGGUGGUGUAGGCAAAGGAGUGAAGAUGGAAAAGAAGAAAGAUGGAUCACAGAAGCUAGGGAUAACUGUGGUUACUGCUGCGAUAGGAUUUCUGGCAAAUUUUGAAGAUAUCUACAAGCUCUGGGCUUUUCUUGCACGGUUUCUUGAUGCUGACUUUGUGGAGAAGGAGAGAUGGAGAUACACUACUCUAAAUCAGAAAACAAUUGAAAUUUAGCUUCUUUUUUCUUUUGGGAAGCUUUGUUUGUUCUUGUGGAGUAUAAAAUUGGCUGAAGAUUUAAUAAGAUUAAGAUUCAAAAUUCGUACAUUUGUCUAUGUCUACUAUAGUGUCAUGUCCCUUUAUCAAAGCAAGAUUGGGUGGAUAUAGUGGUUUCCUGGCUAGCCGGUUCUGCUAUAAACUUUGUAUAUGCACAUGACCAAGUAUGUUGUGAUCAUGCUUGUAUGAUACGCAUGGCUUUCGAAGAAAAAUCAGCCCAAAAAGAAAUUGUGAAUUGUGACUAAAUAUUCCCAAAA